AUGGACAGAGUUUACAAUAAGCUUCGGAAUCUGGACGCGUACCCCAAAAUCAAUGAGGAUUUCUACAGCCGAACGCUAUCCGGUGGCGUCAUCACGCUCGCCUCCUCGAUCCUCAUUGCUUUGCUUUUCCUCUCCGAGUUCAGAUUAUACCUUCACACAGUGACAGAAACAAAACUUGUGGUAGACACGGCUAGGGGAGGGAAAUUACGUAUCAAUUUUGAUGUAACCUUUCCAGCCAUACCAUGUACAUUACUGAGUCUGGACACCAUGGAUAUCAGUGGGGAGCGACAUAUGGACAUAAGGCAUGAUAUAUUCAAGAAAAGGAUUGAUUCUCAUGGUAAUGUAAUAGAAGUGAGGCAAGAUGGAAUUGGUGCACCCAAGAUUGAGAGGCCUUUGCAGAGACAUGGUGGACGGCUUGAGCACAAUGAGAAAUACUGUGGAUCAUGUUUUGGUGCCGAAGCGUCUGAUGAUGAUUGUUGUAAUUCAUGUGAAGAGGUUCGUGAAGCAUAUCGUAAGAAAGGUUGGGGACUGACGAACACCGAUUUGAUUGAUCAGUGCAAAAGAGAAGGUUUUGUGCAAAAAGUAAAAGAGGAAGUAGGUGAAGGAUGCAAUAUACAUGGAUCUCUGGAGGUUAAUAGAGUUGCUGGCAAUUUCCACUUUGCCCCUGGUAAGAGCAUUCAUCACCAAAAUUUCCAGCUGCUCGAUUUGCUAAAUAUACAGACGGAAAGUUACAAUAUAAGCCACAAAAUUAACAAAUUAUCAUUUGGAGAUUCUAUUCCUGGAAUAGUUAAUCCGCUGGAUGGGUAA